CUUGCUGAUCAGUUCUGCAAUGCCAUCGGAGUCCUGCAACAGUGCGCCCCUCCAGCAUCGUUUAGCAACAUCCAGACAUCAAUAAACAAGGAUCAGCCACCCAACCCAACAGAAGAGUAUGCCCAGCUAUUUGCAGCUCUCAUUGCCCGGACAGCCAAAGACAUUGAUGUUCUUAUUGAUUCGUUACCCAGCGAGGAAUCCACAGCGGCAUUACAGGCUGCCAGUCUGUACCAGCUAGAAGAGGAGAACCAUGCCGCUGCAGCUCGUCUGGAAGAGGUGGUUUACCGAGGGGACAUGUUGCUGGAAAAGAUCCAGUCUGCCCUGGCUGACAUCGCCCAGUCCCAGCUGAAGACCCGGAGCAGCAUCCUCACUCAGCCACUUCCAGAGAGCUAACACUAGAGGGCAGUGUUCCUCCUUUUAGAACUGAUUGUGUACCUAGAGAAUUAGGAGCACUCUGUAGUCUUGCUGUCUGUGCAAGCUUGUGUGUCGCCAAUGGACUUGUAUACAGGAAUGCCAUUUGUUCAAUACUCACGUGUUCGAUAUGUUUGGAAAAGCGUUUCCUUUUUUUUUUUUUUUUUUUUUUAUUAAAUAAGACCACCUGCUUCGGAGAUCCCAUUAUCAACCAUUUUAUGCAUAAUGAAAAGUUCUUAAAUUGGGGGGGG